GCUCCCCAUCCAGACACUCCCCCAGGGCAUCAGUGAACAGCAGCUGGGUCUUGAGGCAUUUAACUAUGUGGACAGAGGCUCAGAGUCCAAGUUUAGGGGUGAACUGGUCAGCUAUGAUAUCGGAAGGAUCUUGUUCGAUCCAGUGCAAAAUAUGACCCAGGUGCAGGUGAAUGUAGAGUAUGGUUUCAACCUUUGCUUGAGAUCUCCUGAUGAGAAGACUGACCCCAGGGUUUGCCCACGUGACAACCAUCGUGACCACUACAUAUGCUCAGUGACUGUUGUUCACAAUCCUAACCAGAUUGCCAGUCUUGAUGUUGUUCCUGUUGUUGAGGAUGAUGAUGACAUCAAGUGUGAGAGAAGGCGAAGUGUUGAUGAAGAACUGGUAGUGCCUGUACGUGCUCCUUGCCUGGGUUGUCCUCAAGCCGCCCCUCUCAAUGACCCAACCAUUUUGGAGAUUGCAGACUUUGCUUUGAAGGAAUAUGACAGAGCCUCAAAUGAGGAUGAUCUGCACAUGAUUCUUAGACUUGUCAAGGCCCAGACUCAGGUGGUAGCUGGUGUGAAAUACUAUCUUACCAUUGAGCUUGCUGAGACACACUGUAAGAAACAGCUGACUGGUGUUGAUGUGAACCGCACCUUCUGCCCUCAAGAUGUAACUGAAGAGACAGAGAUCUGUGAUCUCCAUGUGGUAGAUCAACCAUGGGUUCCCUCACGUGACCUUGUAGCCUCACAAUGUUAUGAUAAAGAUGACUACCCAACUUCCACCCAAGAUGAGUUCAUUGUCCCUGUGGCACUGGGAACGGGUCUUGGUGCAUCACCCUCUGUAGGCACUACAUUCAGGACAAGUCCUCCAACACACAGUGGUCAGAAACCAUUAGAAAUCAAUCCACAAACACUUGAAAUCGCCAGAUUGGUUGUGGCAGAAUACAACAGACGAGAAGAUGAUGAUGAGUAUUACAAAUUUGUCAAGCUCCACGAGGCAUCUUCACAGAAUGUAGGAGGAACCAUGUAUCGUGUGGUAGUUGAGUUGGCUGAGACCAAUUGCCACAAGCUGGACCCAACUCUAGGCAAUGGAGAACACUGUAUCAUUAAUCCCUCAGAAGAUCAUGAGGUGUGCAAAGCUGAAGUGCUUGUCCAGCCAGGUGCUCCAGCACCUGGGAACCAGAGGCUGGUUUCCUUUACCUGUGAUGAUUUAGAUGACUAUUUGAGGGAGACGCUGAUGCCAACCUUGAGUUCAGUUCACCUGAUGGAUCAUCCAUUCUUGAACCUCCUACAAGGCAAAACAAACAUUCCUGGAGCUCAGCCUUUGGCCCUCAAUGACUCAAAGGUGCAUGAAGCUGCUGCUUUUGUUGUUGAGCAAUAUAACCUUCGUGGGGAUGAGGAUGAACUUUAUGUGCUGACUGAUAUUGUCAGUGCCAACUUGCAGCAGACACAGGGAAUCACAUACCUUCUAGAAGUUGAAUUGGCUGAGACUCACUGCAAGAAGUACUUGCCUAUUGCUGACCCAAGUCGCUGUGUGCUUGACCAUAGUGAAGAGAGGGAGAUAUGCCAGGCUGAGGUCACAAUGCCUUCAGCUCCUGGUCAGGCAAAACAGCUCACAAAACUGUACUGUGAUGAGCGAGAUGACUACUAUCUCAACAAAAUCAGAGGAAAGAUUAUCCAGAAGAGUGGUGUUGAUCCUUCAACAUUUAGAACAGGUGCUCCAGGUGGACAGUGGAUUGAUAUGGAUGUGAAUGAUAAGAGCCUCAAAAAACUGGGAAUUAAGAUUGCAGAUGAAUUUGAUUUUAGGUCAGACGAGGACAAUCUGUUCAUUUACCAGAAGGCACUCAAAGCACGCAAGCAGGUGACUUCAGGUGUGAGGUACCAUGUGAUGGUUGAAUUGGUGGAGACAAUCUGCCCCAAGUAUAAGAGGCGUAUCAACAAGGCUCGCUGUGCUCCAGAUAUUGGUGAAGAUCACAUGAUCUGCGAAGCCAUUGUGAUGGUUCAGCCAUGGCUUGACAGACAGGAUGUUAUGAACCUCCAUUGUACUGAGAAAGAGCACUACCAUGAUGGCGACGAGUCCUUUGAGGUCAAUUUACCCAGUGUCCACCCAACUGCCCAUGCUCGCCCAGUCUUCAGGUCCCAAUUCUUGGUGCGAGACAGUAUCGAGAGUGAGGAGAGCAAUGAGCGUUUCUACGAUCCCUCUGGCCGAACUACCUUCGGCAGUGAUGAGUCCUUCGAAGAUGAUUCAGAUGAACUGACUCAGCAUGGUGGAGCAAAGCGUUUCUACGAGCCCUCUGGACGCACAAACAUUCACCGACAUGACUCUGAUGAAGAUGACUCUGACGAGUUACCGAGCUUCAGGGGCAAGAGAAGGGCACUUGGAGGACCAGGUGGACUUUCUCUUGUUGAUGUUAAUGACAGUGGGGUCCAGGAAAAUGCUAAAUUUGCAAUUUCAUCCGUGGAUUCUCUUUCCGAUGAUCCUUUUGCUAGAAAUGUUGAAGUAUUGGAGGCUCACAAGCAGGUUGUUGCUGGUCUAAACUGGCACCUCAAACUCAGGGUAUACUGGACCACAUGCAAAAAGGGGGAGCAAGUUAACAUAGAUGCUUGUGAAAAGGACACAGAGAGACCAAGUACCAUCUGCAAUGCUGUUGUUUAUGAGAAACCUUGGAUGAGUUUCAAGAAAGUGUCUGAAAUGAAAUGCACACCAGAAAAUGUGAAACAGUAAUUGUUAGUGAAGGAAUAUAUUUAUUUUUUUGAAUUGGUGUUUAUAUAUAUAUAUAUAUAUAU